AUGGUGAUACAGGGACAGAGUUUGGCAGCAUCUCCAGUCAACCCUCCAGAUGAUUCAGACGAACUAAACACAGAUGAAGAAAAGAAGACAAAGGACAAGAACAGCAGUGACUCGGAAGAUGAAAGGAAGAGGAAGAAGAAGAAGAAGAAGGAAAAGAAGAAGAAGCGGAAGAAGGAGAAGAAGAAGAGGAAGAAAGAGAAGAAGAAGGCUGCCAAAAAGAAGGUCUCCUCCAGUUCCUCCUCCAGUUCUGACUCUGAAUCAGAUUCUGAGUUGACAUGGAUUGAGAAAAAGAGUGAAGGACAGCAAAGGGAAAUGACAGAAGAAGUUGUUGUAGGUCCAGUGCCGAAGCCUCAAGUGACAUUGUCCAAGAAGGACUAUGGCAAGGCACUGUUACCAGGUGAAGGUGCAGCUAUGGCAGCAUAUGUAGCAGAAGGCAAACGUAUUCCCCGUCGUGGUGAAAUUGGAUUAACCUCAGAUGAGAUCAAGGAGUUUGAAGAGGUGGGCUAUGUUAUGAGUGGAAGCAGGCACCGUCGCAUGGAGGCUGUACGUCUGCGAAAGGAGAACCAGAUCUACUCAGCGGAUGAGAAGCGGGCCCUGGCUAUGUUCAGUAAGGAGGAGCGUCAGAAAAGGGAGAACAAGAUCCUGACGCAGUUCAGAGACAUAGUACACAACAGGCUCAAUAAGAAAUAAAAGCCUGUUUACUUGGGGAUUAGUUUCAGCUUGUGUCGGCAAGGAGAGAGGAGGACUGCUGAGCUGCUCUCAGUUUUUCUGUACAAUUCUACUUGGGAUUUUUAUAGAGAAGAGAUGAAGAAUU